AUGCCUUAUAUAAGUCUAGAAUCGGUAUUAGUGCGCGCAGCUCUCUUAUUGGCAACAAUAUUAACAGAUAUAAUAUUAGCAGAUUCAUUGAGAAUAACAAAUUCAGCAUUGGCAAAAUUUGUCGAUGGUAUUGUUGACAGUUCAAGCUGCUAUUCAUAG